AAAAUUAGAUAUGCGAUCGAUAAAAUAAAAUAAAAAAAUGGAUAUUAUUAAAAUUCGAAUUGAAUGAAAGUCCAAAAUUGAAUUAAUUGAGCAUAUGCAUAUGAUUCCUCGAACAGCUCAACAAAAUUCAAAAUGUCGAAUCAUCCGCUCCUCUUCCUACACUAGUCCUCCUCCAUGGCGACUUCCGUUCUCAAGCGAACGACGACACUAGCUAAAUCUUCGGAGAGCUGCGACGACUCCUCUUACUCAACACGGAGGUCCAUCCCCAGGAGGCACCGGAGCUUGAGCCGUUUCUCCCACCGUACGCCGGAUCCAGACCCCGACGCGACUCCGAUGAGAAAGGGAAAAUUCGUAAACACCGUGAGAGGUUCCGGAUUCGGCGAAAUCAGCCUCGACGACUUGGCCGUCGAGUUUUUCGAGUCCUUCUCCAGCGAGAGCGGGCUCAGCAGCAGCGAAAGAGGACGAUCCGGCUCGAGGAAGUCCAGCGGCGGAGGAGGAGGAGUAGGAGACGUGACGCAUUCGCAGAGACGCGGGCGGUCUGUAUCUAGGGCUGGUUCUAGUGGUAACGGUGGCUUACGGAGGUUGGAUGCGGACACCGAAAGCUCGAGACGGCGGAGGUCGUUGUCUAGAAAUCCGUCGACGAGAGAAAUUGCCGGGAAGAGUGGUGGAUUAGAUCCGGGAAGGAGCAUUUCGAGCCGGCGACGGUCGGUGUCUAGACAACCGCCGCGGGAGAGGGUUAAUUCCGGCGAGAAUGCAAUUAGGGGUAGAGCAAUUGGGGCAGAUCGGGGAAAGGAAAAUUCGCGGCGGCAACGGUCGCUUUCUGUUGUCCGCCGCCGGAUUGACAAUUCCGAGAGUGAUGGAGAUCAAGUACAGCAUUCAAGCAAUUCAAGGGACUUGAAGAAGAGUGUCAUGAGUGGAAAGAGUCUAAAUGGUGGGUCUGGUAAACCUGCAGCUUCGGAUCACAGACAAGGUCCUAGGAGGUCUCUUAGUCAAAAUCCAAUCAAAUAUCAUGAUGGCUACUCUAGCCAUUCUUCUGCAGUCACAGAUGAUGAAGGAAAGGAGUCCAGCUCGAUCAAACAUGGAGCUGAGAGGAUAAUUAGGACCGUUUAUGCCCAAAAUAAGGUAACACCUAAGAAAAGAGAAUCUUUGGGAAACUCUGAGUAUGGUUCCCAGCGAAAAUCCCAUGAUGAUGAUCACCAUGCUGCUAUAUCCACAUUUACGAAAGGUUAUGCAACAAAAUUGCAAGAGUCUGAGGAGCGCAAGCGAGAUUUGUUGGCUGAGAUAAUGUUGGAGGAGCGGCGUGGUAGGGAGCUCUCUACGAACUUGAAAGAGUUGCUCAUUGAAAAUAGCUCUGAAGCUGAUGAAAAGCCUUCAAGGACGCGGAAGAGGAGCAAGGACCGGAGCAGGAGGUCGUCCAUGUGUUUGACAGAUGAAGCAGAGCAAUUCAUCGACGAAUUCAUUUCGAACAUAGAAGACACAGACUUUUCAUCAUUUGAAGAUGAGAAGAGCGAAAGUAGUUCAAGUUUCGGGUUGGUCAAAUCACAAAGCUCUCAAAGCACCACUGUUCCAAAGAGUGUUCCUGUUGAAAUGGACGGUGUUAUGCUUCCGUGGUUGCAAUGGGAAACGCCAGAUGACACUUAUGCUGCACUGACAUGCCUUAACAAGUCACCCCACACGCCAAAUGCAAAACCUUUUGUCUGGGAAUCUGAUCCAACUCAGGAUGGAUCGAGUGGGCAAGGGACGAGCAAUGGUACCAUGAGUAGCAGAGGAAGUUGGAGCCCUUAUGAGUCAGCCACAAAGACUGUGAGUCCCAUAAGAAGACUAAAGAUAGAUGUGUCCGAGUAUCUGAAGCGACCUAACAGUGCGGAUAUUCUAAAUGAAACGUGGAAGCUAAGGCACAGAAUCAGUUCGGGAAGUCUUGUGCUCUCUAGCCGCUCAUUGAUCUAAGGCUUCGUGACAGCAAGCAAUUGUAGGUCUUUUUAAUGUUUUACUUGUCGUACCACAAAGAGACGACAUGUCCAUGUAUAGUAUUUUAUGGUCUUUGUUCAGGACAUAGUUGUCUGACUAAUUAAGCAUUUCAAGGACGUACUAGAUUUUAA